CACCUGCCCCGGAGGAAGGAGGCACAUCACUGCUGCCCAGCACAGAGGUGGUAGCCAGGCCUAGCCCGCACCGGGGGUGAGGAGUGUAGUACCCUGCGCUGUCCUCCAGAGUCCGCUGCGUCCAGCAGAGCGAGCCCCCCCCCCCCCCCCUCCCCCUCCGCCGCCUCUGCCAGCCGCGGCGCGCACUGACAGUUUGCAAGGACACCCCGAAGGCGGCGCAUCAGCGCGCGGACUUCCUUCAGGCGCUGCCGCUGAUUGGCUCCCGGAGGUUUUAAGAAACCCAGGGAAGAACGCUGUAACCUUGCAGAAACUUGCUGCUGCUGCCGCCGGGCUCUCGGCUGCGCGCUCGGGUUUCUCCCCUCCUCUCCUUUGCCCACUCACCCACCGCCUCCCUCCUCCGCCGCCGUGGCUAUGGGACAGCCGACCCCGAGUAGGCUGCGGCGCUUCUGGGUGGUGUCCACCAUCCUGGUCAGCCUGCUCGCCUACUACAUGUACAUCCCCUUGCCCGCCGACAUCUCUGAUCCCUGGAAGCUGAUGCUCCUGGAUGCCACCUUCAGGAGCGCGCAGCAGCUGAGUCAUCUGAUCCAGUAUGUGGGCCUCAGCCAUCAUCUCCUCGCCCUGAAUUUCAUCAUCGUUUCUUUCGGCAGGAAAAGCGCCUGGUCAUCUACAAAUGUUCAGAUCACUGAUACCAAUUUUGAUGGUGUCGAAGUUAGAGUUUUUGAAGGCUUCCCAAAGACUAAAGACCCAUUGAAGAGUGGUGUGCUUUACAUUCAUGGAGGAGGAUGGGCCCUGGCAAGCGCAAGAAUUAGCUAUUACGAUGAACUCUGUUCAGCAAUGGCGGAGGAGCUGAAUGCCGUCAUCGUCUCCGUGGAAUACAGACUGGUCCCAAAGGUUCAUUUUCCUGAACAGCUCUAUGAUAUAGAUCGGGCAGCCAGGUACUUCCUACAGCCUGAGGUCCUGGAGAAGUAUUCUGUCGACCCAGCAAGAAUAGCCAUUUCUGGAGACAGUGCUGGUGGGAAUUUGGCUGCAGCUCUGGGUCAGGAGUUUAGCAAAGACGCCACCUUGAGGAACAAAAUCAAGCUCCAAGCUUUGAUCUACCCGGUCCUCCAAGCUCUUGACUUCAACACCCCCUCCUACCAGCAGAAUGCCAACUCCCCCAUCCUGCCCCGCCACGUCAUGGUCAGAUACUGGAUCGACUAUUUAAAAGGGAACCAGGAUUUUGUCCAGGCCAUGUUGGUCAACAACCACACCUCCUCGGACAUGGAGAUGGCUGCCACUCUCAGGGCCCGGCUCAACUGGCUUUCCCUCUUGCCCAAAUCCAUCACCAAGAACUACAGACCCGUCAUGAAGAAGGUGGGCAAUUCUCAGAUCGUCCAAGAGCUCCCCCAGCUCCUGGAUGCUCGCUCAGCCCCGCUGAUCGCAGACCAAGAGAUCCUUCAGAACCUGCCAAAGACUUAUAUCUUGACCUGUGAGCACGAUGUCCUCAGGGACGAUGGCAUCAUGUAUGUCAAGCGCUUGGAGAGUGCCGGUGUGGAGGUGACCCAUGACCACUUUAAGGAUGCCUUCCACGGCUGCAUGAUUUUUACUUCCUGGCCCACCAAUUUCUCGGUGGGAGUUCGGACUAGGGACAGCUACAUUAAGUGGCUGAAGCAAAACCUGUGAAGAGAGACGCAUCCCAGAGAGGGCAUGUGAACCCCUUUUGACCAAUUGCAAUCACUAGGGAUCACUGAGCACUUUCUUACUUACCCCAGGCGACCACCAGGCCAUGGUGCUUCUAGUCAGGGAGAGGCCAAGUGAUAAAUUUUGAUGAGCUUGACUAAUCUCUAUCAGUAUAGAAGAUUUGAAUCGGUUCCCAAACUGGGCUAAGCAGCCUCCUGGGCCACUCAGAUGGCUGCUGAGGUCCCAAACUACCAAAGGAUUCUGGGAAAGCAUAUUCUUCCCCUGGAAGUGACUCUUUGUACUAGAAGACCUUCUACAGAGGAAAACAUGUGGGUCCUGUUUGAUGAAUUUUAUGUAAAUUUGGUUCCCUUUUGCAAAUAACUUAUUUAUAAAUCAGUCAAUUACUUAAAGGUCUAAAAUACACCCUUCUGUCCCGUCCCUGCCCAUGGAAUGCCUUUGUUCCUCUUUUGCACAGAUGGUCUUUCUCCUAGGGACAUGGGCUUCAUUCCUCCUAAGCGUCUUUUGUAAAGGAUGAUAAUCCACUCAUCCUUUGGGAUUAUAGUCUUUCUUUAAAGUUCGCUUUUAACCACUGCUGUUAGAGAACAAAUUACUAAUGUGUUAGUAUGAUUUACACUGGAUUUUGUACAUAGUUAAGAGUUUUAGUUUUCAUGUGGCAUUAGAGUACAUGCAAUCUCUGUGGGGUAAGGGGGGUGGAGAGGGAUUUGGGGGUAAAUGUAUUUCUUUUGAGAAUGAACUUUCUAUAGAUAAUAAAUGGAAAAGACCUAUCCACUGAAAGAUUAUAUUUAAUAUUGAAGUAUAAAUAACCUUCAAGAAGACAUGUGUGAUGUGCCAGUAGGUAAGAGGGCACACUUACUCCCAGGCUCAAGUUAUGGCAUAAACCCUGAGAGCUCUUAUAAUCUACUUUUGAAGCUUUUCAGCUCAUCCAUUUAUGAUGUGACUGAUUUUUUUGAUGGGGAACAUUGUGACGCGUGAGUCAUUUGAUUGAUUUUUUUGUGUGUGUUUGCCAUUCUCCAAGGUGAUGUCACACUAUCAUUUCCAUCUGGCCCCUUUUCUCAGCUUCUCGAGGGCCAUGACCAUGGACCAUUCAUGCACCCAACACGUCAGGAAAUUGAUCUGAUCAGAUCGAAGUUCCAUGAGAAGUUGUCCUGGUGUUUUCGAUGAAUACAUACAUGCAAGUUUAAAAGUUCCAAACCAAAGUUCCACUUUUUGCACAACUUCGAAUGUUUGUCACUUAGUAAUCUGGGCUUAUCUUGACUUGGGUGAAUGGGAGAAUACGACUGUAUCUUCUCUUCUGGGCACAGAGGGUACAAUCGAUCUUGUUUGACUCUUCUCCCUGCAGUAUUUUUCUUCUGUCCCAGGGAGCACUGCUGAGCACAAAGAAAACAUUUUGGAAAACUUUUCUAAGCCCAUGAUGGACCAUCUCAAAUAGGUCAUUCUCUCCAGUAGAAUUAUCUCCCCAUCCACUAUGGCAGCCAUCGCUCUCUGUAUCUGUGGACCAUACCCAUAGCCUCCUGGGGACCUACUUGAGGUGCACAAAGGCAUUGUAUAUAUAGCUGAGGAAUAGAAGCUGUAUUCCCCUAGAAAUAAAGACUAGCUAUCCUUCCCUUUUAUCACUUGUGACAGCCAGCUCCCUACCAUAGGUCAGAGCCACCAAAGAGGGGCUAUGGGAUAUGAGGCUACACACACACACACACACACACACACACACACACACACACACACACAGAGUCAAUAUCAUCCUUUUUAAAAAAAAUUGUAUUUGAUGAGCCAGAGGCCAAAGCAUUUCAUGUUAGAAAAGUAACUGUAAUAAUAAAUAAAAGAUACAUAAAGAUAUGUAUCAUUUAUAGAUACGUAUCUAUAAAAGAACUCCACUAUCAAUAAGAUGGACGUUGCUUUUUUGCCCUUUCCUUCAUGGUUCCUGCUCCUGCCAGCUUUAUUUCACAUAAAUAGAGGCUGUUGUCAUUGUUCUACCAAAGAUUUGCUCUGUAGAAAAUUGGGAUUUUAAUUCUGGCCAUGUAAUAAAUAAGCCACCCCUUAUAAAAUCCAGUUCUUUUAAAAAUGCAAUUCCAAGACCAAGUUAGAGUCAUACAGUAAUAUGUUGUAACCAUUUAAAAUGAUUUUUGCUGCUAAGAUUAGGAAUAUCUGAAAGAUACUACAUAUUUCUUAAAGAGCUUCUAAAAACGACAAUUUCUGGAAUUAUGAAGAAGAUUCCCUUGGGGGAAUUGAGUGAUCAGAUUCAGAUGGUAGACCUCUCACAGAAAUUCUCUCAUUUCACUAAAAAUAGAUGAUUAAAAACAUAUGAGUUGCCAGUCUUCUUUCUUAUUUAUAUAGAACUAUGGACUUGAACUAUGCCAGGAAAGCUGGGUUUAUCCUGAUUUUCCCCCAACUCCUACUAGAACAAAAUUCAUUGACUUGUAGAAUUAGAAUGGAAGAGACCUUAAAGGUCUAUUUCACAAAUGAGAAAAUUGAAGCAUCAAGAUUUUUUUUUUCUUAAAAGUGUUUACUUGCCUGAAGUCACAGUUUCUUGGAAUGAUGUUAGUGAUCAUGGAUACAAUAAAAGCUAUAAGAAUGAUCAGCUCAAAAACUUGGAAGAAUUUUUAUGGGGGGGGGUUCUUCAGUGGUCAUUUUAGACUUUUAAAGACGUUUUAUUUGGAAUUUUUAAAGUUUUGCACAUUGUUUCAGUGUCAGGGCCUCUAUUUGUUUUUCUGUUUUAUAAAAACGUGUUUUAUUAAAAAAUAACUGUUCUUUCCUGAUAGUGGUGUUGAUGUGAAAUAUGAAGAAAAAGGCUUUGGGAGUUAAGUAGUACAAAAAAUGAUUAAUUCACUUUUACAUUUUAACUUUUAUUUGUGAAGAAUUGAAGAGUAGGCUGGAUGUCCUUUGUUUGGGGGAAUCUGCAUGACUUUUGACUUUUUGUUCAUUUGUUUAGUUCCAACCCCCAGAAAAGAGAAUAAAGAAAAAAAUUACAAAGCAAAAA